UCCUGGAAUUCCUGCGAGCGCUGCGCCUUUUCCCGGCUCCCAACUCAGUUCAAACAGGCAACCCGGCAACCCCCCCUCCCAAAAAUUACCCCCUCCCCCUCAGCAACAAGUUGCAAAAACUUUCAUUCCCCCAAUUUUUUGUUUAAAAAAUCAUGCAUUUAUAAGAGUUUUUUUUUAUAAAUCCUGAGAAACAAGAAAGAAGAGAAAAACACCCAAGUAUUGGAGUUGGAAAGAGUGCCUGUUUUCAGCUGGGGGUGGGAGAGAGGCUCCGGUACCGGGCCCGGACCCCGCCGACUUGUUGCAGAUCCCAGCGCCUUCCCUCCUCCCUCUCUGUCUCUCUCUGAAUUUUCUCCUAGUUGGGCUCCAGGCCUAAGGCUUGGGGAGAUCCGGCGUCGCCAUAGAUUCCAACAACUGGAGCGGCAGCGAGAGUCCUGCCGAAGAUCCGGACAGGAUGACCGACUCUGCCGAUAAGCCGAUGGACAACGACGCGGAGGGGGUGUGGAGUCCGGAUAUCGAGCAGAGCUUCCAGGAGGCGCUGGCCAUCUACCCUCCCUGCGGCAGGCGGAAGAUCAUCCUGUCCGAUGAGGGCAAAAUGUAUGGUCGCAAUGAGCUGAUAGCCAGGUACAUCAAGUUGAGAACAGGGAAGACUCGGACCAGAAAGCAGGUGUCUAGUCAUAUACAGGUGUUAGCAAGAAAGAAAGUUCGAGAAAUUCAAGCCGUCAUCAAGGUACGUCCGGCUAGCUUCUUCGCACAGGGGCUUUUGUUUCCAUGGUUACAGGCUUUUUUUUUCUCUCUUUUGUUUUCCUCCCCACCCCUAUCCUUGCAGGUGUCUAGUCACAUUCAGGUUCUUGCCAGAAGGAAAUCUCGGGAGAUUCACUCCAAGCUGAAGGUAACAAACAUGGAUCAAUCUGUGAAGGACAAGGCACUUCAGAGCAUGGCAGCAAUGUCUUCAGCACAGAUUGUGUCAGCCACGACCAUCCAACACAAGUUGGGGCUGCCGGGAAUCCCACGGCCAUCGUUUCAGUCAGCACCUGGGUUCUGGCAUAGUGUAAUACCCACAGGACAGCCAGGCUCUUCACAAGACGUGAAGCCCUUUGCUCAGCAGGCCUAUGCAUCCCAAUCAGCAGUCACAACUCAAAUUUCAGGUUACGAGUCCUCGGCUGGCCCCACCCCCUCAGUCCCCGCAUGGCAAGGCCGUUCCAUCGGGACGUCGAAACUCAGACUUGUGGAAUUUUCAGCUUUUCUAGAGCAGCAGAGAGACCCGGACUCGUAUAACAAGCACCUCUUUGUACAUAUUGGGCAGACCAACCAUUCCUACAAUGACCCCUUGCUCGAAUCUGUGGACAUUCGCCAAAUCUAUGAUAAAUUCCCAGAGAAGAAAGGUGGCCUUAAAGAACUGUAUGGGAAAGGACCUCAUAAUGCCUUUUUCCUAGUGAAAUUUUGGGCUGAUUUGAACUGCAAUAUUCAAGAUGAUGCAGGAGCUUUCUAUGGCGUCACAAGUCAGUACGAGAGCUCUGAAAACAUGACAAUCACUUGCUCAACCAAGGUUUGCUCCUUUGGAAAACAAGUAGUGGAGAAGGUAGAGACUGAAUAUGCGAGGUUUGAGAACGGACGUUUUGUGUACAGAAUAAAUCGUUCGCCCAUGUGUGAAUAUAUGAUCAAUUUCAUACACAAACUGAAACACUUACCAGAAAAGUACAUGAUGAACAGUGUACUGGAGAAUUUCACUAUUUUAUUGGUUGUAACAAAUAGGGAUACACAGGAGACACUCCUGUGCAUGGCGUGUGUGUUUGAAGUUUCUACCAGUGAACACGGAGCGCAGCAUCAUACCUACAGGCUCAUGAAGGAAUAACCGUGGAUAUUUCAUUCCGUCUCUGGAGAAAGAAAAACACAGCUGCAGUUGAAUAUAGACUUAAAACCUCAAAACAUGUGGCAGUGCCUCAAAUCGAUUGAUACACCCAUAACACGUCUGAGUUUUGAUGUGGGUAGCCUUUUUAUGUGUGUAUGUGUGUGUGUGUGUGGGUGUGUGUGUGUGUAUAUCAAGAGCUGUGAAUUACGGUACCAUGUAAUAGGUUUUUAUAUUGAAUUUUCUGUGCUUGAAGAUUUUUUUAAAAGACAAAUUACCAGUUUGAGUUACUACAUUGGAAAAAAUGAGACUGUUGUUAUCUGAAUUUUGUUUUAAUAAUUGCGGGAGCAUAGUCUAUUCAGUACAUGCUUUUCUGUGUGGACAGAAAACAUUUGAAAAAAAACAAGACAGGAACGUAAUGAUUGUAGACACAAUGCAUUUAACCGUGGAAUGACUGCCUUUGUAAAGAUAAUUUAUUUAAAGAGUUUUUUUUCCAAAGAUGGUAUAUUCACAGGUAUAUAUUUAUCAACAUGUGAAUAUGCAGCGGAGGGCAUCAGGAUGAAGUUUAGGACUUUAGGUCAAGAAUUAUCGCAACGCUGAUGUAAGAAUGUCAGUGAUUUUGUGGUCACCAGGUCUAUUUGUUUUCAGGUUUCCUUUUUCUUUUUAAACACACACACUCCUUUUUUUGUAUAUAACAUUGGUCCACAGUUACUUGCAAUAUUAACCGAAUAGUUUUAGGAAUCCUGCUAUGUAAACGGAUUUAGUUUAAUGCAAUCUUGUUUCAGUGCGGAAGAAUGCAGAGCCGCACUGCUGUAGAUUAGGACGAAAGGGGAAUUUGGUUAGUUUUGGCCAUUUGAAUUGGUACUGUCCACUGAUGCCAACAAAGGAUGUACAUGCUUUUAGUUAAAAGAAAAUUAAUUUGUAGAAAGGAUUUAUUGUUCUGUAAACUUUUGAUUGCAAGGCAUGAUGGAUGUGUGGCUAACUGGUCACUCAGUACAAGGGAAACUAACUUCCAAAAAAGUAAGAAUACAAAAAAAAAGUUUUGCCACACUUAAAAUCUCCAGUCCGCAUCUCACAGUAAUUAACCCUCUCUAGCCCACAUAGAAAUCUCAGCUGAGUUCCCAGUCUUCUGGCCAUUAGUUGUGUUUAUGCCAGCUGUAUCUUGUCAUCUGGGGGAAGAGGAGCUCGUCUGAUACCAAAAUUAAAAAUUAAAACCAUAUCACAAGAAUUUAUAAUAAGAGUAGUGACUUUUGUAUGUUUCUAUAAGUCUAUUUUGUAAUAGUGUUUGGAAAUUUACUUUUUUGGGGGGAAAAGAAGUGUAUUUUUUGGCAUUGGACAAAACAUAGGUGUUAAUUCAAUACACACAGGUCUGGUCCCAGCAUAGGUUUGUAACGUCAAUCGUCUGAAGGGGCUCAUAACUCAGCCGCUGUGGUUUGUGCCCUUGAGUGAUAGCGGUGUGUGUUGUAAUGAAAUGAUAGACUCUGCCAGUAAAAGCUCAGCAGCAUUACUUACAAGUAAACCGGGGUGUGGGUUGGGGGUGGGGGUGUGGGCGGGGUGGGAGAACAUACAGUGCCUCAGUGACCUGACCACUUGGUUCUUUGUGAGAUCCAAAUACUCUCAAAGGGGUCUUGCCUGUUUUUCUGACGUGUGUGUGUACGUGCGUGUGCGUGUCUUUCAACUUUGGUACUUGUGUGUGUAAUGGCUGUGGAUUUCUCCCUGUUACUUGGCGGGCAAGCUUCACUGUCACGUAACGAAACCAGCUCGUCGUGCGUCACUUCUGUAAUGUAAGUUUGAGUUUCCGUGUUGUCGAACUGGUCCGCUGUGGCACAGUCACUAAGUGUUCAUUUUUGGGGAUUUGAGGAGAAAAUGCCAUGGUUUUAAAGUAUUUGUCUUUACACAUUGAAAUGUGUGGGAAAAAAAAACACUAUAUUGUGAUCACUGUUCAUUGUAAGAAAUUAUUGAAAUCCAAAUAAGAUGUUACUGAGGCUGUGAGUUCUUUGCUAAGCUGGAAGUUAUCAGUAACUUAUUUUCAGAUGUAAUUUUAAUUCUGUGCUGCCAAAGCGUAGAUUUAUCAGUGCCUUAAUAGCGUACUAUAGGAAGUUACAGUUUAACUGUAGACCUUCCUGUUUUAAUUGGAUAUACUGUGCUUUAAGAACACUCUUUUGUCUCGUGAAUGUUCCUGACAACAUGUAUGUUGCAAACAAUGAAUAUGAACACACCUGAAAAGUAUUUUGAGAAGGUUUUUGUUUUCAGUAAAGUGUGUUUAAAUGUAUUGCCAACCAAACACCCCAGUGAUAAAAGAGUCACUUCCAAUUUGCUCAAAAAGAGGAGCCCGUCUCGCAGUUUGGACUAGCCUGAGCACAGACGCAAGAGUAGCCAGCCUUUUCAACACAUGCCUUUAACAACCACUGACCAAAUAACGAUCUUCAUACAUCUCCUGCACUCAAGCAAAGUAAGUGCCUUUGUUUUUCGAUAUUCCAGCCUAGAAAAGAUCUGCUCAGUCAGAUGAAAUGUAAAUUGUAUGCAGAUCAGAAACCAAAUACAAGAAAAAUAAGAGUGAUCACCUUCAAUGCCUUCUACUGAGUAACGUAAGCAAAUUGAAAUAGGAUAAAUCCAAAAGGUGGCAUUUUUGUGUAAAAGUAUGUUCAGAUAACCUGAGUCAAAUCCAUAGAUACAACCGAGGUUACACAUUGUACAGCAGAAGCAAAAAAAAGAUAAAAAUUAUUGUAAUCGUUUAUUUUUUUAGAGGAUGUUAUAGUUUGAAUCUUGGUGGAGUUUGACUAUUGUACAAGAAAACGUGAACAGUUGUUGGCUAAUCAGUAACCUUAAUACUGUGUCAGCAUCCAACUUACACGCAUACUGUGCCUGUGCUUUUUAGAUGAAUGAAAAUUGGUUAAAUUAUCCUUUCAAGCUAGCCUCCAACUCAAAUUAAACUUUGGGUUUGUCUUAUCCAGAAUGAGCCACAGAGUAAAGAGUCAUUGGACUUGUCUGGUUCCUCCUGCUGCUGAUGCUUCACACAGUCCUCUCAAACUCUCAGCCCUCCCCUCCUCCUAUCAGCAUCUCUUCUUCCUUUCUCCCAGUCUCCCCUUGCAAACCUCACUGUUGGCCUUGCCCGUUCCACCAGUCUCUGUGGGAAAACAUUUCUCAGAGCUUCCUGCUGGAUGUUGUAAUAACUGGGUAAUUUUGAAUGCCUUUACUGAAUCCCGACUUCACUAAAUCCAAGUUUCCCUCCAGGUAACCUAAGGCAGGCACCCCUGGAACUCAUCCCAUCAAAUGUCCACAGUUACAGCAAAUUGGAGGUGAAACCUUUGGUCUUCAUUGUUCAACACUGGGACAUUUUAGCCACUUCUCCUUGUGGUUGCAACACCUUUCCACUCAAGCCUCUGACAGGUCCAGAGGUGAUGGAUUACAAAUGUCACCUCAAUGUGUAGCUGCCUUUUGCACUAAAAGAUUCUGGUUUCUUUGCAUUCAUGUUGUCUACAUCAGCCAAACCCUUGAUAGCUAAGCACAAGCCCCUCUGACCUCCAUAUCUGUCAUGAUUUCCCUUGAAUGGUUCAGCUACUCCCAAUAGUAUUGAGUCCCACAUUCUCACCAUCCUCUGGGUAGAGAAGGAUCUCCUGGAUCUGCAUCCUUGUUUAUGACCGUUGAGAAGAUCCAUUCUGACAACUGUCAUGUUGGACACAGUCCUAAUGCAGUGGGGCAGCUGCUAGAGGUCUUAGUGAAGAGUUUUUAAUAUUGGCCUUAUAAUUGGGAGAGGAGAUUUCCAGUGUUGAGUAAGUGGCCUCCUUGGACAUAAUGACGGUAUUCAACCUCCCACUCCAAAUGUUCUUUUAUUUCUUCUGCGCCACGUUCAAGCUGAUUAAGGAGCUAGUUUGCUGAUGCAGCCAAAGGCUAUGAUGUCUUCUGAAAGGACAGACAUUGCUCGGUUUAAAGCAAGUAUCUACCCAGGGCAGCUCAGAGUAGCUUAAAUGCUCUUGGUGAACUUCAUUUGUUCUUCAGUCCACACAUCCCGGCUCACAUUUGCUGUCUGCAUUUAGGAUUCCCCAGGUCCUAUAAAAUCACACCACCUCCUACUUUUAAUCCUGGAGCAAGCGUGUCAGAAUUCGGUUCUGACUAGGCUCUGAGUGAUGAGUGCCUUGGACUUGUCUGCCUCAGCUGUGUUAAGCUGAAUCACUAGAAGGGGCUGUGAAGCAGCGGAGGAGGGGAGUCAACUGCCACUUUACAGAACCAAAGAAAACUUUAUUUCUAACGAGCUGGCUUUUAAACAGCAGUCAGUGGAAAUGUGAGGUUUUUCAAAACCCUGCUGCCCACUAUCACGAUGCAUAUUGUCCAUUUCACCCUUCACUGCGUCCUGUGUAUGUGACACAUCCACCUUACAAACCCAUCUUUCUGUGGUCCUAAGCCCCUUUCUCGGUUCCUUCUCCAUCCUUAUAGCAUCCUCACUUUCCUAGUCUAGCAUCUCAAUCAAGUACAGGUUUAAUCGCUCUGCUAUUAGCAGACGUGCCUUCAGUGCUGAGACCUGAGGAUCUGAAAUUCUCUCCUCAACAAUCUUGUGCCUCCCCACUUUUAGCCUCUCUGUAAAAACCUACCUCCUUGGCCAGACGACAGGCCAUUCCCCCCCCCCCCCCCAA